UUAACACCGUCAGCUGUUUUUGGACGAGGCAAAGUUCAGCAGCGAAUCAGGUUUUGUUAUUGCCGAAUAAUUGCAGCGCGAUUAGAUUGUUAAUGUAAUCAAGGGGCUAGGAAUAAUUUGGCCAUGCUUCGGACGGGCGGCAGAUUCAUUUUUACGAGGCUCUACAGUAGCAUGAAGGUGAAAGUACAAGUCAAACAAGGCGUUGUGGUGGGUCAGCAAAGUAAGCUUGGCAGCGGCUUGGAGUACAAUAGUUUCCUAGGCGUUCCAUAUGCAGUCCCACCCCUCGGAGAGCUCCGAUUCCGGAGCCCUCAGCCUUUGGAACGCUUCAGUAAGCCGGAGCUGGACUGUACGAAGGAGGGCAAUAUGUCCCACCAGCGUGAUCCAUUCACCAUGCAGGUUGCCGGCUCUGAAGAUUGCCUGUUCCUCAAUGUCUACGCUCCAAAGGUCAAGAAUUCUAGUACCCCUCUUCCGGUGAUGGUUUGGAUCCAUGGAGGCGGGUUCUUCUUCGGCAACGGCAACAACAAUUUUCACUUCCCCGCCAAACUUAUGGAGCAGGAGGUCAUGGUGGUGACUCUUAACUAUCGACUGGGAGCUCUGGGCUUUCUUAGCUUGCCGGAGGAGGGAAUCCACGGCAACAUGGGCUUGAAGGAUCAGCGUCUGGCUCUUCAGUGGGUACAGGACAAUAUAGCUAGAUUUAAUGGCGAUGCCAACAACGUAACCCUCUUUGGCGAGAGCGCCGGAGGAGCAUCAGUGCAUCUCCAUACUUACGCUAAGCAUGCCAACAAGCUCUUCCACAAGGCUAUAAUGCAGAGUGGAACUGGCAACAUGGAGUGGGUGUUCCAGAACGACGCUGCUGACAAGCCAAGGAGAUUAGCAAAAAUUCUAGGUGGUGGAGAUUUUGGCGAGGACACCAAAGCCCUUCUGGCCUUCCUACGAUCUGAAAAAGCAACGCCAUUCGGUAUACUUUCCAAUACGCUGAAGAUUCAAACAGCCGAUGAUCGGCGUCGCCAACUUCCCUUUGUCUUCAAGCCGGUACUGGAGGACAGCAGCAGCCCGGACAGCUUUUUGGACCAGAACAUCCUAGAUCUGAUGCAUAAAAAGGAAGUUUUAAAUGGAAUGCCAGUUAUAAUGGGGUACAACUCAGCCGAAGGACUUGCUAUGAUCACGAAAGCCAAACAAAACAUUGCCGCUUAUGGGGAUGAUCUGGCGAGAAUGGUUCCCAAGAAUCUGGUGCCAGAUCCAGAGGCACCGGAAGCCCAAGAAGCAGCCUCGGAUAUUAGAGCCUUUUACUUUAAUGGUCAACCUGUUGGCAAGGAUAAUCUGGACAAUCUGACGGACCUUUUCACCGAUUACCAUUUCAACAUGGACCUUCAACAUGCCGCCGAGAUCCAUGCCAACUGCCAGACCAGGUCGCCUUUGUAUUUCUACCGGCUGGAUUAUGUUGGUGGCCGUAACUUGUAUAAGAAGGUGUUUAUGAAUGAUGAUCUUCGAGGAGUUGCACAUGCCGAUGAUAUUUGCUACCUAUUUCAAAUGGCGGGCGAUGAAUCCAAGCUGGAAGGUGAUGAUUUGCUGACUACGGAGAGGAUGUGCCAGAUGUGGACGAAUUUUGCAAAGUGUGGAAUCCCGUCGGACACUUGGCUGCCGGUUAAGAAACCCGAAGCGGGAAAGCCCUUCCAACUGGAUUGCCUUGUGAUUGAUCGGGAGCUUAAAAUGUGUGCCAAUCCGGAUGCGGAGAGAAUGGAUUUUUGGCGAAGCAUGUACAGAAGGUACAGAAGUAAGUGCUACGAGGCAAUGAGAGCGAAACUUUAAACUAAAU